CACCCUUUCCUUCCUAUGAACCCAAUAACCCAGCUUAAUCUUUGCCCUAAUUUCUCUUUCGCCCAAAUUUUGGCCGCGAGAUGACUUUCAAUCAUUAGCAGUUGGAUCAGAAAUGGCUUCAAUUUGGGCUCUACACGUCCACACAUCGCCUUCACUCCCUGUAAGCUGUUAAACUAUCAGCUCUACCACAAACCAACCGGUUUCCAGCUUCCAUUUUUAUUUUAGAGGCUCACUCUUGCAUCUUGCAAUGCAGAUACGAGGUGUUUCCAACGAACUUCAGCUUCGGUCGGUAUUGGGAACAAAUUUCAAUUGUGCGAACUGUAAUCGCAGAGUGAGGUUCAGAAAAUUGGUGGCCAGAGCUGUUGAUUCCGGCGAGGACAGGAGCCUCCAGAACGACGUCGUUGUUGUGAAGCUGGAGAGAGACAAUGCCAAAAAGCCUCUGGAAAAUGUAGUUGCCAAGUUGCGAGAGUCUGUUGGCACUCUUCCUGUGUUGGUGUCAUCGUGUCGUGAACUAAUGAUAGUCCCUCCCCUGACUGGAAGACUUUCUGGUAUGAACUUGUCAGUUGGAUUAUGCAUUGUGGCCACCAUUUUAGCUGUUGUGGCGAAAGGUUUUAUGGGACGGAAGACAAGUGACAACCGCUCGGGUACUGUAGCUGAUCUUGUUCGCCGAGGGCAGCUUAGAUCAGAUAGAAGAGGCAUCUCGACACCCCUCAAGUAUGAAGAUCCGUUCAACAAUCCCAUGGUCAAAGUCAGCAAAAGCAAUUCAACGGUCGAGAUGUGUGGCAAAGUGUACCGUUUGGCUCCCGUGACCCUAACAGACGAGAUACAGACCAUACAUCAGAGACGAAGAUCUCGUGCUUAUCAAUGGAAGAGGCCAACAGUAUUUCUCAAAGAAGGGGAAUCUGUGCCUCCCGAUGUGGACCCCGAAACUGUCAGGUGGAUCCCCGCAAAUCACCCUUUUGCAACGACUUCUAGUGAUAUUGACGAGGGUUUGGCUCAGAACAACGUUUACCAGAAGCACGGUGUUCCUUUCCGUAUCAAGGCAGAGCACGAGGCACUGCAGAGGAAGCUUGAAGCUUUGCAAAAUGAUCAAAAGCUCGGGAAAUUAGUGAUAGAUCCUGCGGCAGCCAGAGACUUGGAGAGGCCGCUGAAGCCACAUUUGAAGUCAGAGGAGCAGAACUCCACUAGUUCGAAAGGGGGCUCUAAUAAUCCUUCUUCAUCUGAUCAAAACAAUAACCCAUUAGGGAGUAAUCUGCCAUCAUCUGAGGAGAUGCACUGACUUUUGAGUUGCACUGUAAAUGUUGAGAGGCCAGCGUGCUAUGUGGGGCUGAGCCACACGAUCUGAAAUUUUGGUCGUCAACUGUGAUUUAGCCGCUAUAUCUUUUCUUAUGAGGAGUCUGGGCAAACUAAGGAAUCGAAACUUUUGAAGAGUUCCAAACUUUAACGAAUUAAACUUUGCGUCAAUGUAAAUAGAAUUGUGUUGUUUUAUUCAAUUAUUCCACAGAGCCUCGUCUGCCUAUUGGAAAUUGU